AAUUGUGAACGCGAAAAUUAAAUUGAAGAGUUUAGGUAUCUUUAUCAAGGUAUGAGUUUUGUUGGACGGAAGGCUCUUGUCACGGGAGCAUCCAGAGGAUUAGGUAAGGCUAUUUCGCAUAAAUUGGCAUCUCAGGGGUGUUCUGUAUUAUUGGUUUCUCGAAAUGAGGAUUUGCUCAGACAGCAAGUCAAGGAUUUACCCCAGUUGAGUACAUCUCAAAAGCAUGACUUUGUAUCUCUCGACUUGAAUGAUUUGAUAAUAUCGCCAGACAAGAAAAAGCAUCUAUCGCUGUAUUUAGGAGAUGUUUCUAUCCUUGUGAAUUGUGCAGGAGUCACCAAUCAUUCAUUGUUGUAUAGAUUAGAAGAUUCCGAAAUAAUUUCAACCAUUAAUUUGAAUUUAAUUGCUCCAAUACUUCUAAGUAAAUUACUAUAUAAACCAAUGCUAAAGCUUUCAAAAGAAAGUAUAAACAAGUCACAACCUAUAUCACAAAUAUUGAAUAUUUCUUCAAUAUUAUCUUUGACGGAGACUAACGUGCCCGGCACUUCGGUUUACUCCGCUAGUAAAGCAGGAAUUCUAGGGUUCACAAAAUCAUUAUCGGCUGAGUUUAAAGGCAAAGUGAGAGUUAAUUCCAUCUUACCUGGAUUAAUUAGAGAUACAGAUAUGGGUGCUGGAGCCAGUUCUAGUUUAUCAGAUAAAUCUAUUAGUCUAGAUCAUGUGGUUCUGAAGUCAAUGGAUAUAUUACUUGAUGAUUCAGUCAAUGGUCAAUGCAUAAUUUGUGAUAAUGAACCUACAAAAAAAUUUGAAUUUACGUCAUGAUGUAAAUAGUAUAAAUAAUGUAUAUAAUGUUUAAAUUUAUUCUAUUCAAUAUCCUCAAA